AUGGCGGCAGCAACACUCCCACUCUCGCGCAGCAUGCGCAUGCCGCUCACAACCCGCCAAGACACCAACGAGUCCUUGCGCUCCAUCGAUGAAUGGGGUCCUUCCUCCGUUCCUCCGACAUCGCAAAGCAACGUUCCGUGGGACGAUCAAGUGGUGCCCGCUCUGCGCAAGAAGCUCGAAGCCGAAUCCAAAGAUCUCACCAAACGCAUCAGCCGGAUCCAGGAGAGCGACAAUGGCUGGUCACGAUCUCGCGACUCUCUUGUCGGGCGCGAGCCUCGCAACCUUGCCCAUGCACGCGACUAUCAGGACCGCAGGAUCUCUCGAGAAGUCGUCCACCAGCAUCAGCGCGAAUCGAGCAUCGAUCAGUUCCACAACCGCUUCGCAUCCGUCAGAGCUCCAUCGAGGCAGACAUCACAAGACCUGGCAGCAAGCAGCUUUCCGUUCGGCUUGGCCGAAUCGCAGGAUAGCGCCAACUCAAGGAGCUCUAUUGUGUUCAACGAGGCGACGGCAAGGGCGAGAGAGAAGGCCAGACAGAUUGCUGCUCAACGAAAAUCGAAUCAGUUGGAAGCGUCCAGGGAUUCAGUAGCGUCGUCCAGUGACACGCACGGAUACGCCUCAAGGCCGGGCGUGGAAAGCAGCAUCGACACCAUUCCUGAAGGCCAGGCUGCUUCUGGACAUGAUCCGCCGUCGUUCCAUAUGAAGAGACUGCGAACACAGUCGAAUCCUUCGCGACCCGGCUUGGAUGUGAUCGACCCAGACAACGCUGGUGGCCUCAGACGGACUCAGAAUUCGUCGCCGCAAGAACCAAUGCCGACCUUGGCACCAGCCGCAAACAUUGUAAACGGGAACGUCAGCGGUCAUCAGCGAAGCAGCUCUCUGUCCAGGCGCAAGGCGGCAAAAGCUGCUGCCCACGAUCCCUCUUUGUUGGACGAGUUCGGACCACUUGGCGCCACGCCAUCACCAACCGCAAAGCUGCUUCAGGCGCACAAGCAGGCGGAUCCCGCGUCGCCUUCCUCCAAUGCUUCUCCCAGCACGCGCAACCGCAACAUCCAACCAGACGCGUUUCGAUCCUUGUCUCGACCGGAUCAGCGCAUGCGCGAGUCCUCCGCACCACCAUCGUUCGGAGGAGAUGCGACGGCGAGCGAAUUUGGCGGCUCUCCUGGCAGCAAAAGCGUCAACAGCUGGGAAGAUCAGAUCAUUCCGACAGUGGCGAGAAAGAUGCAGCAGGAGCAAUUUCUCAGGGCAGGUAAGGAAGGCAGACUCAGUCGAUACGAGGGUCUUAUCGAUACGUGGGACAAGAACGGUCUGCCGCUCAGCAGGAGCGACGUGAUGGCCAUGCAGAAGGCAAAGAAGCUGCAAGAAGAAGAGGAGAAGCAGCAGCAGCGGCUGGUCGAGGAGGCCGAGGAGGACCUACUGACGCCCGGUCCGGCACCGGCCCUGCAGGCGGGAAGCAGCGCACUCAGCCCAACCACAGACACAGCCCUCGGCGAGAGAUCUCGUUCCAGGGCCAGCAGCCGUCGCAGUCAGCGCGAUCAUCAUCAACAGCUGCCACAGCAAGAGGUCAUCCCCAUGCAAACGUUCCAGCCCGCACAAGAGCAGGAACAGGCUGCACACGUGUCGACGUCCGACAGUCAGCCUCAAGCAGUAGCCGCAAGGCAGCACGACAACGACAAGGUCGACAAGAGCGCCUGCUGCUGCAUCGUCAUGUAG